AUGGCCCGCCCGCCUCCCUCGGGCGGGGCCGCUGCCGCGGCGGAGGCGGCGGAUCCAGCUCGCGGAGCUGGAGGAGCUGCUGUAGCUGCGGGGUGCGGCCUCGGGUGCGACGGCCAGGCCGACGGAGCCGCGCGGCGGCGACGCGGGCCCAGGCGUUCUCGGGCGAAGGCGGCGGCGGAGCUGGGUGUGGCGCCCGCGGUGGCGGCGCCUGCUGUAGGCGGAGCUGCGGCCUCGGUGGUCGGCCCUGGGGAGGUCUUCUUGGUGGCCGACGGCCUCCUUCGCCAGGCGGCUGACUACGAGCAUCGGCUCAGCGAGCAGCUUCGGCAGAUGCUGGAGUCCGCGGCUGUGCGCGGGGCGCUCGGGGCGCCGAUGCGCAUGGUGGCCGCGGUUGCGCGGUCAGCGGUCUCGGCGGCGGCCUUCGCCGUCGCGGCGCCGCCACCGCCCGCCGCCGCCGCUGGCGCCGGGCGCCGCGCGGCGCGAACGGCCGCCGCGGCGCCCCUUGCUGCCGCAGGCGAGGGCGCUGGGCAGGCUGCUGGAGCCGCUGGUGCCGCUGCUGGUGCGGGCCUCGCGCUCGCCCCCGUGGCCGCUGUGGAGGCGGAGGCUGCCGACGCGGAAAUGGAGGACUUCGACGACGCAUGGGCCGACGGGCUCGUGCGAUUCCCCGAUGGUGGGGCGGUGGCGUCCGCUGCGGAGGCCCGCCCGCCUCCCUCGGACGGGGCCGCUGCCGCGGCGGAGGCGGCGGAUCCAGCUCGCGGAGCUGGAGGAGCUGCUGGAGCUGCGGGGUGCGGCCUCGGGUGCGACGGCCAGGCCGACGGAGCCGCGCGGCGGCGACGCGGGCCCAGGUGUUCUCGGGCGAAGGCGGCGGCGGAGCUGGGUGUGGCGCCCGCGGUGGCGGCGCCUGCUGUAGGCGGAGCUGCGGCCUCGGUGGUCGGCCCUGGGGAGGUCUUCUUGGUGGCCGACGGCCUCCUUCGCCAGGCGGUUGACUACGAGCCUCGGCUCAGCGAGCAGCUUCGGCAGAUGCUGGAGUCCGUGAGCUGGAGGCCUGAGCUCGUGCUCGGCCGCCACGCGGCGUGCCACGUGGUGCUGGAGGACCCGAGGAUCUCCGCCCGCCACCUGCGCAUCUGCUGGUCUGGAGGAGGCAAGCCGUGCUACUUCCUGGAGCAGCUGGGCUCCAACGGCAGCUUCGUCAACGACCACCACAUGAAAAAGGGCGACACCCGCACGCUGCAGCACGGCGACGCCGUCUCCGUUUGCACGCAUCCCCGCGACGCGAG